ACUCUUGAAACUCUUGAUGUAUUUUGGGAAAUUUGGAAAGAUGAGUACUUAAAUAGUUUAAGGGAACGUACACAAAUAAAACACAAAUCUCCUAGAAGUGCAAUAAUACGACCACCUUCCCUAGGAGAAAUCGUACUAGUAAAUGAACCACAUAUCCCUCGCGGAAUGUGGAAACUAGCAAAGAUAAAUAAACUUAACAAGAGUAGCGAUGGAAAUGUCAGGAGUGUUCAGAUAGAAUUGCCUUUUGGGAAACUUUUCAAUAGACCAGUUAAUAUGUUAUAUCCUCUGGAAGUGGAACAAGAAGAUCAACCCAAAGAUUCUGCAACUGAAUUAACGAAUGCAAAGGACGAAGAACCCAUCGAAAAUGAAGAACCAAUAGCGCGACGAACUAGAAGUUUGGCAAGACAACAACGAAAUCCAAUAAGCCUUAGGAGUAAGUCAAGUUUCACAAUGUUAUGUAUGUUAGUAACAGUUCUAUCCAUAAUGUCGACAAGAACAUUAGCAACAAAAACCUGUAAAUGGUCUGGAAUAUCAUUCAACAUCGCAAAAAGGAAACAUCACACAAAACACGAGUUGAAAGUUGGUAUAAUAAGCAAAUUUGAAAUUGAAAGAACCAAUGCGGAAAUAGAAAUAUUGGCUGACAAACAAAAACCCAAUCCAGUAUCUUAUCAACAAAACAUGGAAACUAUCUGGCAAGAAAUCAGUCAAGAAGGAGAAGAGCUAGCAGAACAGCUGGAUGAUGAGAUUGGCAAAGCUACGUUACUGAUACAAAACGAACUUUCGGAAUUUGCCGUACAUUGGUGCAUGAUUAUUGGUGGAACUAGUGUGCUCAUUCUGUUAAUAGUGCUAAUUAUUGUUAAAUUAAAUUGUCAAUUGAUUUUAUUUCCUUUAUGUCCAAAAUGUAGUAGAAAUUCAAAUCAAAAAACCGUUGCUAUCCCUAUGAAUUUAUUAAGGGAAGACCUACACAACAAAAAGGAAUUUAAAACUACCAUUAAAAAUGUUUUAAGUUAUCAACCCAAAUUCCUUCUUCUUGCUAGUUUUCUCCCCUCUCGGGAAUGUCGAGAAUUUUCUCGAAACUAUGAAUCAUUGUUUAUAAAAAUAAAAAGGUCACAACAAUGUCGAGAAUAUCGAGAAUUUUCUCGAAACUAUGAAUCAUUGUUUAUAAAAAUCAAAAGGUCAUUUUUGCUUUGCUUCUUCCUUUUAAAACGCUGUGUGGGAGUGGGUUUCCCUUUUUUUUUGCAAUAUAAAUAG